CAGGACGCGUGUCACGACGGAAUACAACAAAAGGGAGGCCGCGAUGCGUCGGUCCCCCAACGGUACGGCCCACGCAUCGAAGGAGAAUAAUUGAUCUGAAAACAGCUACCAACAUCUCAGGAUGAGAAAAGUGGAAGCAUAUGGCUUUGCGGGGUGGAUUGGCACAUUUGUGGUUUCUGGGCUCUUUCUCAUGUGGGUUUACAUUCCGGAGGCCUGGCUUCAUGCAAUGGGCGUCACCUAUUACCCGCACAAGGAGUGGGCCCUCUCAUUACCAGCUUUCCUGUGCGUCUCGUACGCGCUCUCCAGCAUUGUGUACGUGGCAUUGAAUCUAAUGAGUACGCCGCCGCUGCAUUCAUACGAGACGAUCACAGACCGAUGGGCUCGAAGGCCGCAGACAUGCCUCAAUAGUGAGGUGCCAGGGCGAAGUGAUUCACCUUCAGUGCCGUAUUUCGCCGAUUUGGACAUUGGGGUUGUGAAUCAGUAUAUGUACACAGACGAGUGUUGCGAAGUGACCAACGCGGACAAUUGAAAAGGCGAAAUUUGGCCAGAUGUUGGUGGUGUGUGAAUGCAGAUGUACGGGUACAGCCCAUCUGGCGAUAUUCACGAAUAUGCGCAGAUAUGAAUGAGGUCCCUGGACCAAGCAUCUGACGGAGAUCAAGAAAGAAUUUCUGUGCAUCGAACGUACCUUUGAACGCAAAAAACGAGACGCACGAUUGCCGUCGCCCGAUUUCACUUCACCAUCGAAGUACUGUCCGAACAACAAUGCACCAGAAAUGUACAUCCACACUUCCAAACCCGUUUACCUCUUCCUUCUCCGUUUUUUCUUCCUGCGCAAGCCUUUCACCAGUCGCGCGCCUUUCUCUCCUCCGAUUGUCAAGUCACCUCCUCUCAGCUCCCCAAGACGUCCACGACUCCCCUUGUCGCCGUCCUUCCUUAACCACGCCCGCAGAUCCAUUGCCCAUUGCCUCAUUUGGAGGGCCUUUGUCUUCCCCCCCUUCCGCGACCUUCGCGCUUUCUUACAUGCCUAACCCUCUUUGCCCCAUCCUUUACCAAUGGUGCUAUGUCUGCCAUCUAGAGUUUUCGCUUUUCUUACGCUCGCGAAAUGGACAGCAGUCACAGCGCCACAUUCCCCCGGCGCCCCCGCGUCAUUUACAUACAAAGAUAAUUUCGAGCACACGCUCAUUUAAAUGUUUGUGAGUCUUCCCUCAGCAGUCACGUCACACCGCCGCCACCCUCUCAACCCUCCGUUCCUUACCCCGUCCUCGCUGUCUGGGCUCUUUGUCCUUCUCUUCCACGCCCUACCCCACGAUCCGCGCCAAAAUCCUUCCCGUCGCUCUCCCGCGAUACAUCCUACUUGGCCAGGUGGGCGAAGUCCGAUGGGAGGUCCUGCGGGUGGAAGUACUCGAGGAGGGCCGCUUCGUCCUUGAGCACGUGCACCUUGUGCUUAGUCCGCUCGUCGAUGAAGGGGUAAAUGACCGUCCAAAACACCCGGAAGACCCAGUUGCUGUUGACGAUGAGGAGGGUCUGCAAGCACUCUGGAUAGUACUCCU